UGAAUGCUCGAAUAAAAUUAGUUUGAACUUUUGCUACAGCUUUCCAAAUUUGAAAUUUGGAUAGCAAACUUGUGAUGAUCUCUCUAUUAUCGCACAUUAGGAAUUUUCUUUCAAAAAGAUUUCAGACCCAUCGUGACAAAGAGAUUUGGCGCAUGCGAGGCUGGCUGUAAAUCUGGUGUGCUCAGCUACUGCGAGUGAAGCGCAAGGAACCCUGCUGGUUCGUGAGGAAUGGGGCGGGGCUCUUCAUCAUCAUCGAAGAAGGAGGGGCGUGAGAGUAGUAGGCAGCUCGGUCCGGUUGUGACAGAGCGCAAGAGGCUCAAGAGACUAGCAUUUGCCAACAACAUACUCUCCGAGACUCCGGCCGAAGUCCACCAGCAGCUGAGCCCUUCAAAGGCCGUCAUCAAACACCAUGGCAAGGACAUUCUCAAGAAGUCCCAGAGGAAGAACAGGUUCCUGUUCUCCUUCCCGGGCCUUCUCGCUCCCGUCGCAGGUGGUAAGAUAGGCGAGCUCAAGGAUUUGGGUACUAAGAACCCCGUUCUCUACCUCGAUUUCCCUCAGGGUCGAAUGAAGUUUUUUGGGACUAUUGUAUAUCCGACAAACAGAUAUUUGUCAUUGCAAUUCCCAAGAGGCGGGAAGAAUGUGAUGUGCGAGGAUGUCUUUGAUAAUAUGAUUGUAUUUUCAGAAGCAUGGUGGAUUGGGAGAAAAGAUGAGAACCCCGAAGAAGCUCAACUUAAUUUUCCUAAAGAACUGGAUGAGGGACAACUCAUUGAAUAUGACUUUAAAGGUGGUGCAGGUGCUGCAUCUACAAAUCAGCCUAGUUUACAUAAAACAGAGAUUAGACUUGUUGAAGAACAGUCUCCUAAAGUUGAGUUUGAAGUUGAUUUAUCAGAUGGUGAAAACAUGUUGAAAGAUUUUUCGGAAGAGACUCCAGUUCGACAUUCAGAGAGAACUGCUGGGAGAACUUUUAAUUUUGCAGAAUCUUCUUCUGGGGAGGAUUCUGUUGAAUGCGAUACUGAUGUAUCAUCAGAAGAAGAGAAGAAAGUAGUGGAAGUUGAUUCUUCAACCACAAAUUGUACUGCUGGAAAGACUGAAAAUCUCAGCAAUGUAAAUAUUGACAUUGACUAUAAGGAUGCUGCAGAAAGAACUCAAAUUCCUGAACAGGAUGAAGGCGACUUUGUGUUGGUGUCCAAGUUGAAAAGGCAGUCUCACACUGCCACUCCAGGGACUGAAUCUAAGGGAAUGUCUCACACUAGUCAUGGUUCACUUGUUCAGGCUACUAUAUCCACAUUGUUUAAGAAAGUGGAAGGGAAGAUAGCACCAAGAAAUCCAAGGAAAUCUCCAUCUCCAAGAGUUUCUGGCCAGAAGUCGAGGAGUACUGAUUCAAAAAGGAGCAGAAAUGAGGAUGGACCUAGAAAAAAGGCAAAAGUUAUCAGGGCAAAAGAUGCUGGGGGAAGAGCCAUGGCAAAGAAAAAAGAUGAGAUUGAAGAUGAUGAUAUUGAACAAUUCUCGAGCUCUUCACAGGAUGCCCAUGGAAGUGAUGAAGAUUGGGCUGCCUAAGAUUCUUAUCACACACAUUCAGGAAAUUAUAAAUAGUUCAGGCAAGUGAUGUAUAUUACUUACCUUUCUGAUGCCUAUAUGUAAGAAUUGUGUUUUAAGGCGAUUUCCGAUUAAAUAAUGGGAACUUUGAUGGAAGCUUUUGUCAUACAACCCAUCAGUUGUUUUGAAUGCCGUCUUCGGCAUUUUUAGUUGGAGUGAAAAUAUGAGCAAUCAAAAUGAAGGCUGGGGAAAUUGUUUUGAAGAGAGAGACAUGACUUCAAAUGAUAUCUGUGUCUAUUUCUCUUUGGGAAAAUUAAGAAACAGUCCCAUUUGUUUACACUUCAAAACAUGGUCUCUGGAUUUGACUUCUUAGUCCGUAGGUUGUGUGGUUUGUUAAAAAAGGUCUUUGUUAUGCAUGA